GACAGCAUGUCGGCUCCUCUGGGCUCCAUCGAGAACCCCGUCAAGUUUCAGGACCAGGACUUCAAGACUCUGCAGGAAGAGCAUCUGAAGUCCGGUCAGCUGUUUUCAGACCCGGUCUUUCCAGCUGAGCAGAAGUCCAUCGGUAUGCCUGAAGACCCGGACCCCGAUAAGGCGAUAAAGUGGCAGCGACCCAAGGAAAUCAGUGAGAAUGCUGUGUUUGUGGAGGGCACAACUGGCACCACUGACAUCUGCCAAGGCCAGCUGGGUAACUGCUGGCUGUUGGCGUCCCUGUCCUGUCUGACAAUGCACCCCCAACUCUUUGUCAAGGUGGUGCCACCCAACCAAAGCCUGUCCGAGUCCUACGCAGGCAUCUUCCACUUCAGGUUCUGGCAGUAUGGUGAGUGGGUGGAGGUGGUUGUGGAUGAUCGGCUGCCAGUACGCCAGGGCCGUCUGCUCUUCAGCUACUCUCACACUCGCAACGAGUACUGGAGCGCCCUGGUGGAAAAAGCCUACGCCAAGCUGAUUGGAUCCUACGGGAGCCUCAAAGGGGGUAAUAUUUCAGAGGGGAUGGAGGAUUUCACAGGAGGCAUCGCAUACUCACACAGUGUGUCCUCACGUACCCCUCCUGUCCUCUGGAGGUGUCUCACUGCUGCCCUGUCCAGAGGCAGCCUGCUCAGCUGCUUCAUCAAGGCCAGCAGCUACCAUGACAUUGGUAAAGUGACAGCAGAUGGGCUGAUAAAGGGCCACGCUUAUGCCAUCACUGACACUGACAAGGUGCAAAAAGCAUCAGAUGAGAUUUUGCUGUAUCGGCUGAGGAACCCCUGGGGCUUUGUUGAAUAUCGUGGACCCUGGAGUGACAAGAGUAAAGAGUGGAAUGAGGUGGAUGCUGCAGAGAAGCAAAGGAUUGAGCUGAGAAAGAAAGAAGAUGGAGAGUUCUGGAUAAGUGCUGAGGAUUUCAGCCACUUCUUUGAGGAGGUGGAACUGUGCAGUGUGAAUCCUGAUGUGCUGGACUCUUCUGCCCCACAAUCUACCUGGACCAUCAGUGAACAUGAAGGAUUCUGGGUAACGGGCAGCUCAGCUGGGGGCAGCCGCAGAUACAAGCGAUCUUUCUGGAAAAACCCCCAGUUUGAGUUGGUUCUCACCGAGCAGGACCAAAAUGAGGAUGAAGACAGUGAGGAUGAUGAGGAGGAUGAUGAUGAGGCUGUUGAAGAGGAGAAAAUAACAGAGAAGCAAGCAAAGAAAGCCCAACAGUGCACAGUGUUGGUGGAGCUCCUUCAGAAGGACCGCCGCUUGAAAAAUAAAGUCAGCUUCUACUACAUUGCUUUCCACAUCUACAAGGUUCCCCCUGAGCUCCAGGGUAUGUGUCUGGACAGAAGUUUCUUCAUGAAAAAUCGCCCUGUUGGUCGUUCUGGGAAAUACAAGGCUCAGAGGGGUGUGUGGAGGAAGGUGCAUCUGGACCCGGGCCACUAUGUCCUUGUCGCCUCCACCUACCGACCCAACCAAGCCUCAGAGUUCUUCAUCCGAAUCUUUUCCAAGACUGGAAACACACUGGGGACUCAGGAUUUCACCUGCUCCUCUGGUUUCCUCCAAGUCAUGGCAACUCCAGUCUCCCCAGAGGAUCAUAUGAGGGUUCUGAAAACAUUCAAUGACGAGGCAGGCCAUGAUGACAAACUCCAUGCUAAAGAUGUCAUGAAGCUGUUCAACUCAGUUUUGGACAAAGAUUACCAUCUGCCCCUGGAAACAUGCAGACAGCUCAUCUUUGGAGAGGAUACUAAAGGGCACGCCAGUCUCAGCCGUAAACAAACAGAAACCCUGCUGACCAGUCUGCGCAAUCUGCAGUCCAUCUUUUUCAAGUUUGAUGAGGACUCAACUGGGACUAUGAACCAAUUUGAGCUCAGUGCAGCUCUGCAAGAUGCCGGAAUGCAGUGUGAUGGUAAAGUGGUCCAGCUGCUGUCUGAGCGCUUUGCAUCUGGAGAGCUUCACAUGCCUUUCCAUGGCUUCGUGUCAAGUGUCACCAGGCUGCGCAAGCUUUUUGCUCUGUAUGAAUCUGAGACCAGCCAAGAGGUGAAAGACAGAGGCAUUAAUGCUUGGCUACUUCAGUUUCUGACUGUGUGAGGACUUUUUAUGAGCAGCGUCUCCAUAUGGACUCUGCAGAAAGCCUACAUGGAUGUUUGUAACACACAUGGAAAAUGUAUGUGUGUAUGUAUUUGAAAUCUAUCUUUUUCUCAGCAUACCUUGUUCUAAAAUAAAAGCCAUCGCCAUGUCAGUUUAUAUUUUUUGCUGACAUCGUUUAACUGCUUCAUCCUAUACAUUUAUACUUUUCUUUAAUUUCCCUUCAACUAAUGAUCAUUUAUUCAGCAACAUCAUUUAAACACUACAAAGAAGUAUUAUAGUAGUCAACAUUGCAAUAAAUCU